AGGCGGCGUCGGGGCGCGCGGCCUGGCGGGGAGCCGGGGCCGGAGCGCCUCCCCCGGCGGCGCUGCACGCGAGGCCGCGGCUGUAGGCCGCGCCGCGAGGGGACGAGAGGUCCCAGAGCGGCCCUCCGAGCGGCCGGCGGCCCGGCGGGCCCCCGGCCCCGGCGGCGGGCGACCCGCCGACUUUGCCCUCGCGCCCGCCGCCGCUUUCCUUUAUUUGCCUCGGGGCACCGGGCCCUCGAGCUCCUCCUGUCUGCCUGUUCUCCCCUUUCCCGUCCGUGCCCUUCCGUCCCUGGGACCCGCGGACGUUGUGGGUUUUUUCCGCGUUUUGAAAAAGUUGCUCGGUCCCUAGACCCUAGUGGCCAGGCUUGUGUCACCGGUGGCCCAGCACCCUUGGCCCCUCCAGGGCCUCGGGCAGCGGAGAGGAGGGAAGCCGCUUCCUUCCCCGGCCGCAGAACGGGCAGCUCCGGAUGCUGACGCUUCUCAAAGGCCGCGGUGUACCUAGCCGCCGAUGGAAGACCUGGCUCCGGCAUUCCCUCGGUCCUCGUGCUUGAGAAGCGGGGUUUCAGCUCCGAUGUGCGGUCACCAAGCGUUGUCUUUGAGCGUUUCUCCGUGCCCAGACCAUGCGUCCUGAACAGCAGGUGCCAGAUAAAUGAGAGUCGGUCCCUCCUCGCAGGGAGUUUGGUCUCCAGGGGAACGAGCCUCAAAACCCAAGCCUGGGUUGAUCCAGGGGACUGGAGUGGGGACGAGAGGGAACGAGGCUUAUAACGGAGCCUCGGGGGUGUUGUGUUAGAUGCGCAAGGUCGGGGAAAGGUUCCUGCAGAGGAAGUAAGUGUACCAGGUAGCACAGGUGAAGCCGCAUAGUGCGUUCUGGAAAUUGCAGGUAAGGUAGAGUUUGGAGGAGUGGGGAGUCAGGCGAGAUGGAGAACGUUCUCUGAGAAGUCGGUAACGGAGAGGCGUGGAAGGUACUUCUUGUAGAGGCAAGCAUAUGGAUCGAAAAUAGAGUGUUCUGGAUAAGGGCAAAGUUCUGCGUGUACUCGGAUGAGGACUGUGUCUCCUGGCAACAGGUGGAGUUUGUAGAGUGCAGCUCAGUUUCCCCAUUUCUAGGUCAUAAAGACCACAGCUGUUUUGACUGUAUUGGGGAUAUUUAGGGCAUAGGGAGUCGUGAAUUAGUAACUUAAGCAGAGGGUGUGUUUUAGAAUUUUGCUGAGAAACGUGCUGCAUACCGCGCGGCUUAGAGCAAGUGGGUUGUGAGGUGGACGAGAAAGAACGAGGCGUAACAGAAGUGUUAUCGGUGAAAAGCCAUGCUGGUUGUGGAGCAUUAAACUGGAAAGAUGUCCCUGUAUGAUGACCUGGGAGUAGAGACCAGUGAUUCAAAAACAGAAGGCUGGUCCAAAAACUUCAAACUUCUGCAGUCCCAGCUUCAGGUGAAAAAGGCGGCCCUCACACAAGCCAAGAGCCAGAGAACAAAACAGAGUACUGUCCUCGCCCCGGUGAUUGACCUAAAGCGUGGUGGCUCUUCAGACGACCGGCAGAUCGUGGACACCCCCCCGCACGUGGCGGCUGGCCUGAAGGAUCCUGUUCCCAGUGGAUUUUCUGCAGGAGAAGUUUUGAUUCCUUUAGCUGAUGAAUAUGAUCCUAUGUUUCCUAAUGAUUACGAGAAAGUGGUAAAGCGCCAAAGAGAAGAACGGCAGAGACAGCGGGAGCUGGAAAGACAAAAAGAAAUAGAAGAGAGAGAAAAGAGGCGUAAGGACAGACAUGAAGCUAGUGGGUUUUCGAGGCGACCAGAUCCAGAUUCUGAUGAAGACGAAGAUUAUGAGCGAGAGAGGAGGAAAAGAAGUAUGGGCGGAGCGGCCAUUGCACCACCCACUUCUCUUGUAGAGAAGGACAAAGAGUUACCCCGAGAUUUCCCUUACGAAGAGGACUCGAGACCUCGCUCCCAGUCUUCCAAAGCUGCUAUCCCUCCCCCGGUAUACGAGGAACAAGACAGACCCAGAUCUCCGACCGGACCUGGCAAUUCCUUCCUUGCCAACAUGGGUGGCACGGUAGCACAUAAAAUCAUGCAGAAGUACGGCUUCCGGGAAGGCCAGGGUCUCGGCAAGCACGAGCAAGGGCUGAGCACCGCACUGUCGGUGGAGAAGACCAGCAAGCGAGGAGGCAAGAUCAUUGUGGGCGACGCCACAGAGAAAGACGCAUCCAAGAAGUCGGAUUCCAAUCCAUUAACUGAAAUACUUAAGUGUCCUACCAAAGUGGUCCUCCUACGGAACAUGGUUGGUGCGGGAGAGGUAGAUGAAGACUUGGAAGCUGAAACCAAGGAAGAGUGUGAAAAAUAUGGCAAAGUUGGGAAAUGUGUGAUAUUUGAAAUUCCUGGUGCCCCUGAUGAUGAAGCAGUACGAAUAUUUUUAGAAUUUGAGAGGGUUGAAUCAGCAAUUAAAGCUGUUGUUGAUCUGAAUGGGAGGUAUUUUGGUGGACGGGUGGUAAAAGCAUGUUUCUACAAUUUGGAUAAGUUCAGGGUCUUGGAUUUGGCAGAACAAGUUUGAUUUUAAGAACUACAGCACGAGUUAUCUUCGAUGGCCCUUAACCUGAGCUGCCGGCUGAGCGGAGAAGAAACAGGCGACAGCCAGCCUGUGUGGCUGCUGGGUACAGAGACUCUUGGAAGGACUUCUGAGAUAUAUGUUGAUUGAUCCCUUUUUUAUUUUGUGGUUUUUUAAAUAUAGUAUAAAAAUCCUUUAAAAAAAAAACACAAUCUGUGUGCCUCUCUGGUUGUUUCUCUUUUUACCACUUCUAAGGUGAUUACGUUUUUUUGCUAGGAUUUCAUGAUAAUUCUCAAGUGCUUCAGUGAGACAGCAUUUCUUGCACUAAAAAUAUCUAGAACGUUUUGGGAUAUGGGGUUGUAUUGUUAUCCUUUUCUUUCUUUUUUGAUCCAUUUUAAUAAAACCUGCAAGUUCCUAAA